GCGCGGUCUAUGGCGCUUGCGCAAUGUCCUAAAAAGAAACCCUUUAUCGGUUCGCCACUGAAUUUCUCUUAAUUCGCGAACGAUAAAUGUAAUAUUGAAUAAAAAACGCGACAAACAAACUAUUAGUAAUUUAAUAGAGUAAUCAGUUUAUCUUAUGGCACCUGUAGAAGACCAGGACAGCGGUAUGGAAUCACAAGAAGGGUCACAAGCAUUGGAGGAGGAACAAGAAGACACUAUCACAAGCAAGGAAAGCGAACCCACAAAACCCAGCAGGCGAGAAAUUGAAGAUUCAGAAGAGGACGAGCCGGACGAAACUUUAGUCGAACGAUUAUGGGGCUUGACGGAAAUGUUUCCCGAUUCCGUCAGAAAUCUUACUUCCACAGUAGCGUUUCAAACAAAGUGUGGAGUUAAAUCAGCAUAUAACUUUUCGAGGAAUGCAUUUUGGGUUGUAUUCAGCUCAUCAAUAAUCUUAUUUGCACCUGUGAUAUUUGAAGUAGAGAGGGCACAAAUGGAAGAAAUGCAACGCUCACAACAAAAACAGAUGUUAUUAGGACCCAAUUCAGCUAUUUCAGGAGGGGUCCCUCCCCCCAUUAUGCCAACACCCCAACGGUAAACCGAAAAGUGGGGUAAUACUAAUAGAUAGACUACAUUUUUCACUGAAAUACCUACCAAAAUACAUUGAUUGUAAAAUUAAAUGUAACUAUUACCAAAUUACAAUCACUUGUAUAUAAUUUAUGCAUUUUUCAUGCUGAUUUUAUGUUGAAUUGUUUAGAAUAAAAUUAGUU